AAAAAGUCCCUAGAGUCCAUAAACUCUAGGCUUCAGCUGGUUAUGAAAAGUGGUAAAUAUGUACUAGGAUACAAACAGACAUUGAAAAUGAUUCGUCAGGGCAAAGCGAAGUUGGUCAUCCUAGCCAACAACUGCCCUGCUUUGAGAAAAUCAGAGAUUGAGUACUACGCUAUGCUCGCCAAGACUGGUGUCCACCACUAUAGCGGCAACAACAUUGAAUUGGGCACAGCAUGUGGAAAGUACUACAGGGUGUGCACGCUGGCUAUCAUUGACCCAGGUGACUCUGACAUCAUCAGAAGCAUGCCAGAACAAACCAGCGAGAAGUAAAUGCUGUAAAGGAGUUAUUUCUACAAUAAAACUGGUUACAGAUCCAUUUUAAGAAAAAUUUGUAUUAUAACAUGGUUGGUUUUAGGGCACAAACUUUAUAAAGGAAGAUUCUUUACCA